AUGUCCGAUUUAGAAGGGUACCUCGAUGUUAAGAGACCUUCAGAAAAGGAUUGGCACAUCAGAUUUUGCACACUCUCCGGUAACGGGCUCUGUAUGUAUGAAGAUGAGACCAAGAUCGCAUUGUCCUGUCAGAUUAUCAUAGAUCAUGAUACGAAUAUCUCUUGCAGUGAUGAGAAUGAGAAAGCUCUUAUCUUCUCCAUAACUUGUCCAAACGCAGGUGUAUAUGCUUUCCGUGCAAAAUGUCUUGACUCUUUAGUAAAAUGGCUCAACAAGCUUUUGCAGAAGCUUUACCCGAGCAAUGGCAUUUCCAUUGAUGAUUUCGAGAUCAUAUCAGAGCUCGGAAGAGGUUCCUACGGCAAGGUUAUGCUUGCAAAGUAUAAAAAGACAGAUGAGCUUGUUGCCAUCAAGUCAAUUCACAAGAAGUUCUUGAUUGACAAGCACCAAGUUAAUACUGUACUUACAGAGAGAGAGAUCUUGAUGAAAGUCGAUUGUCCAUAUAUCAUCAAAUUACUCUUUUCUUUCCAAUCACCAUCCAAAUUCUACCUUGUCCUGGAGUAUUCAUCAGGUGGUGAUCUGUUCUCUCACUUGAGGAACAGCGGUAGGUUCACACUCGAUGACAUCAAAAUUUACAUCGCAGAACUUGCUGUUGCUAUUCACCACUUGCAUAAGAACUCCAUCAUAUACAGAGAUCUUAAGCCAGAGAAUGUUCUUUUCUGUGCUGACGGUCAUUUGAAGUUGACAGAUUUCGGAAUCUCAAAGAUUCUCAAACAGCAUUCAGAUACAACAUCCACAAUGUGCGGAACUAAAGAAUACAUUGCUCCAGAGGAAAUUCUUGGCAAUCAAUACGGAUAUGCAGUUGAUUGGUGGCAACUUGGCAUAUUACUGUACGAAAUCAUUGCCAGACAUACUCCAUUUGCUAACGAGAACACACAGACCUUGUUCAAGAACAUCCUUUCUAGGAAUGUCGCAUUAUUCCCAAUUCGUGAUCCAGGAGCUAAAUCUCUUAUUGGACAUCUUCUUAAAAAGGAUCCCAAAGAGAGAGCUUGCUUCAAAGAUAUCCAUGCUUCUCCAUUCUUUGAAGGUUUUGAUUGGGAUACAAUUGCAAACCACAGUGCAAAAUGCGCUUACAUUCCAGAUGAUUUUUCGAGCGAUGACUGUGUUAAUUGUGAUGCAGAGUGCCAGGGAGAAAGACCAUGCGAAUCUUAUGUUAUGCCCGUAAUGGAGAGAUUUGAAAACUUCUCUUAUACGGAUAAAAGAUUUACUCAAGCAGUUGAAUAA